UACCCAUCGUUGUUUGUCAAACACUCUUCUCCGUUCGCAGCCCGCUAUUCCUUUCUUUCCCCUUUCUUGGAAAGCGGAGGAGCAGACGAAGAAGAAGGAAGCCGCAGCAGCAGCAGCAAGCUGCAGAAUAUACGGCCGCAUCCCAUAUUCAAUUUUCUCAUCUCGGGCACUUGAAUCCAACAAAACAUGUUUUUCAGUGGUGAUCCGUCCACGAGGAAACGGGUGGAUUUAGGGGGUCGGAGCACCAAAGAGAGAGACCGUCAGAAGCUUCUAGAGCAGACUCGAUUGGAGAGGAACCGGCGCCAGUGGGCGCGUCAGCAAAAUUCUGCUGCUCUCAAAAUUCAGAAAUGCUUUAGAGGGAAAAAGGUGCUGGAGGCUGAACACUGUAAAGUCCGUGAGAAGUUUUUCUUAACCUAUGGGCAAUCUUGCCAAAACGUCAAUAGGCAGUGCUUUGGCGCCGAUUCAGAUUUUGUUAAUCAGCUUCUUUUCUUCUUUAACCCAAGACACGCGGCUGAUUUUUCGGCUCUUGUUGAGAUAUGCCGAUUGCUUCUAGAAUAUGUUCAUGACAGCGGGGAUAUGGUGAGCCUCUUUGCAGGCAAGGAUUACUCAUCCAAGCGUAGUCUGGUUGAGUACAGGAUCAAGCGUCUUGCUUAUGUUUGCCUUUAUGCAAUCUAUGAAAAUAGGAAUCAAUUGGAAGAACAGUUAAAAUUUGCACCGGUCUUGCUAGAGACAACAAUGAUUUUUAUUGAUCAUAGGUUUCCAUGGGCAUGCAGCACAAUCUGCUAUUUAUCCCAAAGGAAUAUAUACUCUUUGUUCAAAGAAAUAAUCCUUGUGGGGCAGAAAAAUCUUCGAGGUUCUACUGCCGUUAUCUCUUCCUUGGAACAUGUACUUGCCCUUAUUAUUGGCCAUGUGGAUCAAGCAUCUUGUACUUGUUCGAACACUGAUCCUCAAUGGAACAUAUCAUCCCAGAUUCUUGUAAUUCCUUUCUUGUGGCAGCUGUUUCCACAGCUGAAAGAGGUUUUUGCUGCACCACAGUUGAGUCAACAUUAUGUACAUCAGAUGGCGCUUUGUGUUAAGGAUCAUAUCAAUGUUCUGCCUGCACAUAAAUCCAGCGAUUUUCCUAGUUACGCCUGCCUUCUAGCAAAUCUAUUGGAAGUUGCUGGGGCGGCUAUCUGUCAGCCUGGUUCCUUCGCUUGGGCUAUAGACUUUGCAACUGUUGCAACAUUUCUGUUGCAAGAACUUCCACCUCUUCAGACAUCAAAUCAAGGAGAUUCUACAAUGGGUGAUGAUGAAAUGCUUGUUGGUGAAGAGUUAACAGUAGUUUUGAAUAGAGAUCUGGAACAACAAAUUUUCAGCAGUCUGGAUUCACGCUUUCUUUUACAAUUAACAAAUGUGCUGUUGGGAGGAAUCUCUCCUAAAGUUUUUCAUGAAACUAGAUCCGAUUACACAGAGAUGGCUGCUGUUGGUGCUGCUUGUUCGUUUCUGCAUGUCACCUUCAACAUUUUGCCUCUGGAACGCAUUAUGACUGUACUUGCAUAUAGGACAGAGCUGAUUCCCAUUCUAUGGAAUUUCAUGAAAAGAUGCAAUGAGAAUCAAAUGUGGUCUUCCUUGUCUGAGAAAUCAUUUUAUAUGCCUAAGGAUGUGCCUGGUUGGCUGUUACCCUUAGCCGUCUUUUGCCCCGUUUACAAGCAUAUGCUGAUGAUUGUUGAUAAUGAGGAGUUUUAUGAACAGGAGAAGCCAUUAUCACUGAUGGAUAUCAGAUUAUUGAUUGUUAUUUUAAGACAGGCCUUGUGGCAGAUUCUUUGGCUCAAUCCUGUGCCAAUUCCUAAUUUCGAAAAGUCCACAGACCGUUCUUCUGCUAUGAAAAAGCACCCCGUAGAAUUUCUUCAUCGCAGGGUUUGUGUGGUUGCUUCUGAGCUCAUGUCCCAGUUACAAGACUGGAACAACAGACGAGAGUUUACCUCUCCUAAUGACUUCAAUGCUGAUGGUGUCAACGAUUUUUUUAUGUCUCAGGCCAUGAUAGAAAAUUCAAGGGCAAAUGACAUUCUAAAACAAGCCCCUUUCUUAGUUCCAUUUACAAACAGAGCUAAAAUAAUCAAUUCACAGCUAGCAACUAUGAAAGAGAGGAACAGUGCACAAGCAAUUUUUACAAGAAACAGAUUUAAAAUAAGAAGAGAUCAUAUUUUAGAGGAUUCUUUUAGUCAAUUGAAUGCACUAGCUGAAGAGGACCUUCGAGGAGUGAUUCGAAUUACUUUUGUUAAUGAGUUUGGAGUUGAGGAGGCUGGUAUUGAUGGUGGAGGGAUUUUCAAAGAUUUCAUGGAAAACAUUACUCGGGCUGCAUUUGAUAUCCAGUACGGACUGUUUAAGGAAACUGUGGAUCAUCUCCUGUAUCCUAAUCCUGGAUCUGGGAUGAUACAUGACCAGCAUCUUCAGUAUUUUCACUUUCUUGGGACUAUUCUUGCUAAGGCAAUGUUCGAAGGGAUAUUAGUCGAUAUACCAUUUGCAACAUUCUUUUUGAGCAAACUGAAGCAAAAGUACAACUACCUGAACGACUUACCCUCCUUGGAUCCUGAAUUGUAUCGACAUCUGAUUUUCUUGAAACAUUAUGAUGGUGACAUUUCUGAGUUGGAAUUGUACUUUGUAAUUGUUAACAAUGAAUAUGGAGAGCAAACAGAAGAAGAGCUCCUUCCUGGAGGAAAAAGCACCCGAGUCACAAAUGAAAAUGUCAUCACAUUCAUUCAUCUAGUGGCCAAUCAUCGAUUGAACUUUCAGAUUCGCCAGCAAAGCUCACAUUUUCUUAGAGGGUUUCAACAGCUCAUUAAGAAAGAUCUGAUUGACAUGUUUAAUGAACAUGAACUUCAGCUUUUAAUAUCUGGAUCUGUGGAUGGAUUUGACAUUGAUGAUCUUCGAGCUCACACUAAUUACACUGCUGGCUAUCAUGAGGAUCAUUAUGUCAUUGAAAUGUUCUGGGAAGUUAUUCAGAGCCUUAGCUUGGAAAAUCAGCGGAAAUUCUUGAAAUUUGUGACUGGAUGUUCUCGUGGCCCUUUACUUGGGUUUAAGUACUUGGAGCCUACGUUCUGCAUACAGAGGACUGCAGGUAAUGCAUCAGAAGAAACUCUUGAUCGGCUGCCAACAUCUGCCACAUGCAUGAAUCUGCUUAAACUUCCUCCUUACAGAAGCAAAGAGCAGAUGGAGCAGAAAUUGCUGUAUGCUAUAAACUCUGAUGCUGGUUUUGACUUGAGUUAAGCGAGGCCGCUCCAUUGAAAGGAAUUGAUUACUGUGGGAGCUGAGCUGACUACACAGUGACGGUGCUUCUAGUUGACAGGCAGGCCAUAUUCUCGUCCUGUUAUAGAUAGAAAACUUCUCAGUUUUGUCUUCUGUGGGAGUCAUCAAGCCACCCAAACACCCCUGGUUCUCAACCCCUAGUGAUUAGUGAGUUAGUUAGUUGGUUGGUUGGUUGUUGAGAAACAAACUUGAUGAGAAGGCACAUCCUCUGUCCGUGCUCUAAUUAGAUGCGCUUUCAGUUUGGCGGCAGGUGGAAUGCCAGCCGGAAUUAGGCACGGGGAGAGGGAAUGGGAGUGCUGAGUGAGAGACCAUGUAGAUAGAUAUGAUAUUAAUAAUUAAUUCAUUUCAAGAA